AUGGGGUUGCACCAGGGAUUGGCUCUUAGCCCAUUUUUGUUUGACUUGGCGAUGGAUGUACUGUCUCGUCACAUCCAAGGUGAGGUGCCUUGGUGCAUGCUAUUUGCUGAUGAUAUAGUGUUGAUAGACGAGAUGCGUAGCGAAGUUAACGCGAGGUUGGAGGUAUUGUACUCCGUGUUGCUAUUAUUGGAUACUGUUUUCCUUCCUUGCUUCCCUCUUCUUCUUCUUGCCCCUCCUGAGCCGAUGUUUUUCUCAUCUAUCACGUUCUGUUCGAAAAUUGAAAAUUCACCAGGAAAGCAUCGGCCUAUGUCCAAGAUGAUCUUGUGCUACAACUAG